AUGAGGAUCGCCCCCAGGCACGCGCCAAUCGUGGCCAUUGUACUCACCUCUCUGCUCGCGUGCAAUGCCUCAGACAGCCCGCUUCCCAAGGGUAUGGGUGCCUCCAGGGGCAUUCAAGAGGUCAGAUCGAUAAGUGAGGUGGUCGCUGGCUCUGGUUCCGGAGCAAAUUCAAAAUCAGCGCCUGUUGGUACUGAACACGCUCCCGUUGAUGGUAGAGAUGGGAUGCCUCACGAAGGCCCAUUCGUUGAAACCGGCGCGGAGAGAACGCGAAAGAAACAGAUGUCCUACGACAACGAAGUUCCCCUUGAUACCGACACCAAGAAGCAAUAUUCUGAUGCCGAGAUUCCCAAGUCGAACGAUGCAGUCAUGGAUGAUCGAAUUAGAUCCAAUCCUGCUGAAGGUACCCGAGGAACAGAAGGUGGCAUAUCUGACAAGGGCAAAGAAGGAAAGCCCCUGGAUAAAAAGCCCGACUCACCCAAAGAUGCCAGACCGAUCCCACACAGUGAAAUGGAGAAGCUCCCUGUUAGGGAGAAGAAAGAACCUGAGCCUGUAGUGGAAGAGGACCCUAAGAAGGUACUAAAGACGCCAACAGACCUUCCAGAAAAACCGCAUGACAUUCCUCACCCGGAGAACCCGUCCUCGCCCAAGGACAAUACAAUUUUCAAAGACGUUCCCAGCAAGGGUGCUAAGUUAGACGACCACGAACCAGCUGUCAUUCAACCUCUCCACUCCCUCCUUCUAUCCUUCACUAUGAUCCUCUUUUCCGAAAUUGGCGACAAGACUUUCCUAGUUGCGGCCUUGAUGGCCAUGCGCCAUCCCCGAGUUGUUGUCUUCACUUCUGCAUACUCUGCCCUAAUCACCAUGACAGUUCUCUCUGCUGUUCUAGGCCAUGCAGUGCCCACUCUGAUUUCUAAGCAACUCACAAACUUCGCAGCGGCUGGCUUAUUCCUGGUCUUCGGAGUCAAGAUGCUGAUUGAAGCCCGUGGAAUCAGCCCUGAUGAGGGUGUUAGUGAGGAGAUGAAAGAGGUGGAAAUGGAGCUCGAAGAAAAAGAACACCAGCAGAGGCGUCAGACUAGACGCCAUUCUUCCAUCUCCCCGUACGCCCUCGAAUCCGGCCGAGGAGGCAUCGGCAGGAAGCAUACCAACAGCCGUCUCCCGUCGCCACCAGAUAGCCCUGGAAGCUCUCGAGAAUCGUCUCCGACGCGACAAUCUGCCGUCAAGAAUGCCAUGAACGGCAUCAACAACUUGUGCUCAUUACUUUUAAGCCCCGCGUGGGUGCAAACCUUCGUCAUGACGUUCCUUGGUGAAUGGGGUGACCGAUCUCAGAUUGCCACUAUUGCCAUGGCUGCUGGUCAGGACUACUGGUGGGUGACAGCUGGUGCUCUAGGCGGGCACGCAAUAUGUACCGCCGCAGCAGUGCUUGGUGGUAAAGCAAUUGCUGGCAAAGUCAGUCUAAGAACAGUCACAAUGGGAGGCGCAAUUGCUUUCCUGGUCUUUGGCGUCAUUUACCUCCUUGAGGCUGUCUAUUAA